AGGCAUUCGUUCACAUUUCACGGAAAUUUCCUCUCGACCCCACAUUCCAGAAAUGCGCUUUAUUUAAAUAUUAGGUAAAGAAAGGCCGGGCACCGCCGAGCGAACAUGUCCCUUUCUUUUUUUUUCUCAUUUUCGCAAAACGAAUUUUAGAACGAAAAACGGUCAGUGGCUCCGGAGGAAGCGGUUUCUCCUGGUCAGCAUUCCCACGCACGUCGGUCUCGUGUGCCUGCUAGCGAAAGAAAUUUGUGUUUCCGACGAGUCUCGGCGGAGUAAAACACCGCUUUGCUCCGGAUCGCGACGCGGUCGAUGUCCGUCCCCCUCUCGCCGAGGUAUUCGCGGCACACCCGGUCGUCGUCCAGUACGUGGUACCAGUCGAGCCGGCGCCCGAAUACGCUCGACCGAGGCGCUGCGACAGCCGUUGGUGACGGAUGCUGUAGCGAGUCCCGGUCGCGAGGUGUUAUCGCGGCGCCGCAUGGCGCGAUAAAAAUUUCACGUCGGAGACACCGGAGACACCACUGUGCCUGACUGACAUUCGACGACGAAUGGACGCGGCGCGCCGCGUCCGCUGCGACACCGACACUUAGCGGGACUCUCUCCGCUCGUGGGACGUGUGACUCUCGUGACUCCGGACGACACACGUCCUCGUCGUCGUCAUCGUCGCCGUCGUGCUGCAACCGCUCGGUAGGCGCGAUGGCGAACACCGGGGUGUUGCCGUUUGUGCGAGGCGUGGACUUUAGCAGCAAUGAUUUCAGCGAUGGCAAAUUUCCUGAAUCUGUGCGUCUCAUGACUGGCAUACAAUGGCUGAAAUUAGACAAAACAAAUUUGAUGGAGAUCCCAGAGGAGAUGGGCAAGUUGUUGAAACUGGAACAUUUAUCACUUGUCAAAAACAAGCUGGAGCGUUUAUAUGGAGAAUUGACAGAAUUGAGUUGUCUCAGGACGCUGAACAUAAGGCAUAAUAAUAUCAAAUCCAGUGGUAUCCCGGCAGAGCUAUUUCAUUUAGAGGAACUGACAACUUUAGAUUUAAGUCAUAACAAUUUGAAGGAGGUACCUGAAGGCCUAGAAAGAGCACGUUCCUUGCUCAAUCUUAAUUUAAGCCAUAACCAUAUCGAAACCAUACCAAAUACAUUGUUCAUCCACUUGACAGAUUUAUUGUUCUUGGAUCUUAGUCACAACAAACUAGAAACAGUGCCACCUCAAACUCGACGUUUGGCCAAUCUACAGACUUUAAAUCUGAAUCAUAAUCCCUUAGGUCAUUUUCAAUUAAGACAAUUGCCAUCUUUAAUGAAUUUAACAACGUUACAAAUGCGGGACACACAACGAACAUUGAAUAAUAUACCUUCUAGUCUAGAAACGCUAACUAAUUUGCAAGAACUUGAUUUAUCGCAGAAUAAUUUGCCCCGAGUGCCUGACGCGCUUUAUUCCUUGUCGAAUUUGCGUCGUUUAAAUCUGAGUGACAAUCAGAUAAUGGAAUUAUCAACAGCAAUCGAAUUGUGGACGAGAUUGGAGACUCUGAACGUGUCGCGAAAUAAAUUAAGUGCAAUACCAGCUGCUCUGUGUAAAAUUUACACAUUAAGAAGAUUGUAUUUAAACGAUAACGAAUUAGAUUUUGACGGAAUACCUUCUGGAAUAGGAAAAUUAUCGUCUUUGCAGGUUUUCUCUGCCGCUAAUAAUCAUUUAGAAAUGAUACCAGAAGGAUUAUGCAGAUGUGGCUCAUUAAAACAAUUAAUAUUAACGUCAAAUCGAUUGAUUACUGUGCCGGAUGCCAUCCAUCUUCUUACUGAUUUAGAACAAUUGGAUUUACGAGACAAUCCAAAUUUAGUGAUGCCCCCAAAACCUACAGAAGUGCAAAGAGGAUCGGGCAUCGAAUUUUACAAUAUUGACUUCUCAUUGCAGCAUCAAUUACGUCUUGCAGGUGCUAACGUACCAGCUCCAGUUCAAACUGCCAAUAGUAAAGAUCCAAUUGCACGUAAAAUGAGAUUAAGAAGAAGGAGAGAUCAGGAAGAGGCUGACCAAGAUCAGGCCAAAAUUCUUAAAGGCAUGAAAGAUAUAGCGAAAGAGAAGAACAAAGAUAAGGAAUGCGAAGAAUCAAAAGCAGAAUCUUUGAAACCCAAGCGUUGGGAUGAAGCUUUAGAAAAGCCACCGCUGGAUUAUUCCGAGUUUUUCGACGAGGAUGCGGGUCAAAUACCUGGUUUGUCAGUUUGGGAGAUAGAGAACUUUCUGCCGAACGAAAUUGAGGAGGUGGCGCAUGGCAAGUUUUAUGAGGGCGAUUGUUACAUCAUCUUGAAAACCGGGAUAGACGAAGGUGGAUCGUUGACCUGGGCGAUCUAUUUCUGGAUCGGAGAAAAGGCGACAUUAGAUAAAAGAGCCUGUGCAGCGAUUCACGCCGUAAAUCUAAGGAACUAUUUAGGUGCACAAUGUCGGACAAUCAGAGAAGAACAGGGGGACGAAUCGGAUGAAUUUCUGAUGCUGUUUGAUUCAGGUAUCACUUACAUUGAAGGUGGUCGCACGUCGUCCGGUUUUUACACAGUGGAGGACACACCAGCAAUUACUCGUUUAUAUAGAGUGCACGCGGCAGGUGCUUCUAUACAUUUGGAACCAGUUCCAGUCUGUAUCGAAUCUCUGGAUCCCGGUUACGUAUUUGUUCUCGACACGGGGAAUAAAAUAUUCAUGUGGUACGGAAAGAAAGCGAAGAGCACAUUAAAGUCGAAAGCACGACUGAUGGCGGAGAAAAUUAAUAAGAACGAACGGAAAAAUAAAGCCGAGAUUCUAACAGAAGUUAUGAAUACCGAAUCUGAGGAUUUCCUGUUGCAUUUAGGUGUAGAAGAGCACGAACAGAAAAAUCUGCAAAUUGCUGAACACGUGGAUCCAAAUUUUGUGCCUCUCAUACCCAGAUUGUAUCAAGUCCAACUCGGAAUGGGGUAUCUUGAACUACCACAGGUUGAGGUUCCUCAUGGAAAAUUAACCAAUACCUUGCUAAAUAAUCGCAAUGUGUAUAUAUUAGAUUGUUAUUUAGAUGUAUAUGUUUGGUUUGGUAAAAAAUCAACGAGAUUAGUACGCGCCGCUGCUGUGAAGCUAUCUCAAGAAUUGUUUAAUAUGAUAGAAAGGCCAGAUUAUGCGAUGGUAACGAGAUUGCAAGAGGGUACUGAAUCACAGAUUUUUAAGUCUAAAUUUACUGGAUGGGACGAAGUAAUUGCCGUGGACUUUACUAGGACGGCUGAAUCAGUCGCUAAAACUGGAGCAGAUCUCACUAAAUGGGCUAAGCAACAGGAAACAAAAGCGGACUUGGCUGCUUUAUUCAUGCCGCGGCAACCAUUGAUGUCGCCUACCGAAGCGAAUCAACUUAUGACUGAGUGGAAUGAUGAUUUGGAGGGAAUGGAAGCGUUGGUGCUAGAGGGAAAGAAAUUUGUACGCUUACCGGAGGAGGAAUUAGGACAUUUUUAUAGUGCAGAUUGUUACGUUUUCUUAUGUCGAUAUUGGAUGCCACUGGAUAUAACGGAGAAUGAAGAUGGUGAGGAACAAUACGAAGACGAUUAUCAGUGUACAGUAUAUUUCUGGCAAGGCAGAGAUGCAGGAAACAUGGGAUGGCUGACGUUUACGUUUAGUCUGCAAAAGAAAUUUAAAUCAUUGUUCGGAGAAAAUCUGGAGGUUGUGAGGACACAUCAGCAACAAGAAAAUCUAAAGUUCAUGAGUUACUUUAAACGCAAAUUCAUCAUUCAUCAAGGCAAACGCAAGCAGCCGAAGGUUGCAGGUAGUAACAAAGUGGAGUUUUAUCAUCUACGAAGUAAUGGCAGUGCCUUAUGUACUCGGCUCAUUCAAAUACCAGCGGAUUCGACGUUAUUGAAUUCUGCUUUUUGUUAUCUCUUAAAUGUGCCAUUUAAUAAUUCCGACGAAGGAACCGGUAUUGUGUACGCAUGGAUUGGGUCGAAGGCUGAUCCCGACGACGCUCGUCUGAUCGCAGAAGUAGCGGAGGAAAUGUUUAAUAAUCCGUGGAUAAGUUUGCAAGUAUUAAACGAGGGCGAGGAACCAGACAACUUCUUCUGGGUGGCGCUUGGAGGAAAGAAACCAUAUGACACUGAUGCAGAGUACAUGAAUUACACAAGACUAUUUAGAUGUUCCAAUGAAAAGGGAUACUUUACAAUCAGCGAGAAAUGCACUGACUUUUGCCAAGAUGACUUGGCAGAUGACGACAUAAUGAUUCUCGAUAAUGGAGAACAAGUAUUUCUCUGGCUAGGUACUCGCUGCUCGGAAGUCGAAAUCAAACUGGCCUAUAAAUCAGCUCAGGUGUAUAUUCAACAUUUGCGCGUGAAGCAACCCGACAAACCUCGUAAGUUAUUUUUAACUGCCAAAGGUAAGGAAUCCAAAAGAUUCAUGAAGUGUUUUCACGGCUGGGGUUCACACAAAAGACCACCGCAAUAAAAUCGAGUCAGUGUUCGCUACGCUUACCAGAGUUAGUUUUAUACGCAGACAGGGUAUGACACAAAAGCAACAUUCUUAUGUAGAUUCGUAAUGCGUCGCAAUUCUCGUUUUUAUUCGCAUUUCACAUGCCGACCAAACGGAAGUCAAUCCAUCGCAAUAAUCCGUGUAUCCUCGAUGCGAAUGAUUGAUCUAGAUCAGGAAACGCAAUAAUUGUUCACUAAACAACGAAUUUAACUAGUAAAGUUUACAUUUUCGCGUUUGCUUCUUUGCUUUCAACUUACUGAAUAAUUUUUCACCAACUGCUUUCUUGAAUAUUAUAUGCAUCAGUUCGCUUGGUAUACGUAAUUUAAUCCAGAUUUCUAUUCGCUACGGGCACUUUUUCAACUCAGUCUCAUUUCUGAACCAGAUGCAAGUACAAAGAGUCUUUUCUCUCUUAUUUCCAUUAUCGAGUCUAGCAAGAUUCUCUCUGUGAUGCGAUUCUCUCCAUUUUACACUAUGAGAUUCGUUUACUGUUAUUAUAAUCCAUACUCUGUGUAUCCAACGAGACUUAUUUAUUUAUUUAUUCACAUAUAUUUCCGUAUUUAUGAACUUUCGUACAGACUAGACUAUGUAUCGUGUUUUUAUUUCUUGCAAGUUUACGUUUCAGAUAUAAUGUGAUAGACAUUUUUAAAAAUUAUUCGAUGAAUUGUGAUAUAAAUGUUUAUCGUCGAAUUGUAACGUUAAAAAAGCAUUUUCUUUUUUUUUAUCUUUUAUAGAGAAAUCAAUUCUUCUGUAAGAAGAUAGAUAAAUCAUUUGUACAGUCCUGAAAGAGUUAAAAUAGAAUUUUUCCACAAGUUUUCUAGAUUUGCACUUUACUUCUAGCAAAUACUAUCGAAAUUGUCAAUUCUAAGCAGAUUAUUGGAAAUUGCAUUUGGAAAUUUAUGAAUAUUAAAGACUGAAAAGAUAUGUGUAAUUAUAAUCGCACAUCUGAUAAUUAACACCGCCCGAUUGUACAGAUGCCAUAAUGAGCGUUUUUGUAUUACUUACACUGUAUUUAACACAAUUUAUUUAUAGAUAUAAUAUAUACAUAGAUUUAUAAAUA